CCCUUUGCUGCUCCUUCCUGCGCGCGCCGUUGGUCCCCCCCCCCCCCGGCCUGGAAAAGCUGCCUCGCGCUAACUGGAGCCGCCGCCGUCUCCUUGACCGGAGCAGCAGGAUGCCGGAGAUGGCGCAGUCCCGUGCAGCGCGGCGGCAGGCGAAGGCUCGCUCCGGGGUGCAGGGAGCCCAGGAUAAGAAUCUGCUUCCAAAACAUUGCUCAGAUACUAAGAAAAGAUCUUUCCUUGUUCAUGGAGUUUUUCAUCAGUAUGUCUGAAACCAUUAAAUAUAAUGACGACGAUCACAAAACUGUGUUUCUGAAAACAUUAAAUGAGCAACGAUUGGAAGGAGAAUUUUGUGAUAUAGCUAUUGUUGUAGAAGAUGUAAAAUUCAGGGCACACAGGUGUGUUCUAGCUGCUUGUAGUACCUAUUUUAAAAAACUUUUCAAAAAGCUGGAAGUUGACAGCUCAUCUGUAAUUGAAAUAGAUUUCCUUCGAUCUGAUAUAUUUGAGGAAGUGCUCAAUUACAUGUACACAGCCAAGAUUUCAGUUAAGAAAGAAGACGUCAAUUUAAUGAUGUCAUCUGGUCAGAUUCUUGGUAUUAGAUUUUUGGAUAAACUUUGUUCUCAAAAACGGGACGUAUCAAGUCCAGAAGACAAUUCACAGUCAAAGAAUAAGUAUUGUCUUAAAAUUAAUAGACCGAUUGGGGAGUCUAAUGAUAAUCAAGAUGAUGAGGUUGAAGAAAUUGGCGAUCACGAUGAUAGCCCUUCAGAUAUGACAAUGGAAGGGACUCCUCCUAGUCAAGAAGAUGGUAAAUCGCCAACCGCUAUGAGAGUUCAGGAAGCAAUUCUGAAGGAGCUGGGGAGUGAAGAGGUUCGAAAAGUGAACUGCUAUGGUCAAGAAGUAGAAUCUAUAGAGUCUGCUGAAACUAAAGAAUUGGGAUCACAAACUCCUCAGGCUCUAGCAUUUAAUGAUGGCAUAAGUGAAGUAAAGGAUGAACAGACACCAGCAUGGACAACAGCAGCUGGAGACAUGAAGUUUGAGUAUUUGCUUUAUGGUCACAGGGAACAAAUUGCAUGUCCAGCAUGUGGCAAAACAUUUUCUGAUGAAGCACGGUUGAGAAAACAUGAAAAACUCCAUACUGCAGACAGGCCCUUUGUUUGCGAAAUGUGCACUAAAGGCUUCACUACUCAAGCCCAUUUGAAAGAGCAUCUAAAGAUCCACACAGGCUACAAGCCGUAUAGCUGUGAAGUAUGUGGAAAGUCUUUUAUUCGUGCGCCAGACCUAAAAAAGCACGAGAGGGUUCACAGUAAUGAAAGACCAUUUGCAUGUCACAUGUGUGACAAAGCUUUUAAACAUAAGUCCCACCUGAAAGAUCAUGAAAGAAGACAUAGAGGGGAGAAACCUUUUGUCUGCAGCUCUUGUACUAAAGCAUUUGCCAAAGCAUCUGAUUUAAAGAGACAUGAGAACAAUAUGCACAGCGAAAGGAAGCAAGUAACCACAGCCAGUGCCCUCCAAAGUGAAACUGAACAAUUACAGGCAGCGGCCAUGGCCGCUGAGGCAGAACAACAACUUGAAACUAUAGCUUGUAGCUAAAAAGAGGAGUGGCCAUAUGUUAGAAAAUGUUCGGACUGAAAAACUCACUUCUGAGUGUUUUAGUGUGAUUUAAAAAGUAGAAAUAUAGUUGCAGUUUGCAGCAAAAAAACCCUCUCAUAUCAAGCAUGGAUAAGACGUUAAUCAAGGCAUCCGUCCAACUGGAUAUAAAUUUUUUAGAAGUCAGACUCUAGCUGUGUUAUAUUCCUCUCUUUAAAGUACUGGGUUUCAAUGCAUGCCUUACCCCAUUGGAAUAAACUGCAUGUGAAGUGGAAGAUGUUACACUCCGAUCUCAAUGAAAUUAAGUCUAAGUAUUUGGAUUUAAGCUACUUUUGUUUCAUUUAAUCCGGUUGCUUGGCACCUAAAUAUGUUUUUUUUAUGAUUUAGGAAGAGCCUAAAAUAGAGAUUGUGAGCAAUGGUGGGAAAUUAUAGGAUGAGUUGCCAAGUCAAAAAUAAAUACUUGUUAGAGAUUCAUUGCACUGCAAGUGCUACGUAGCUGAGUCUCAUGGAUUUCAGUAGAAAGUACUACCAUGUGAGUAAAGCAAGAUUAGAUUAAUUCAAAAUGUGCUGACAUUGGCCUACAAAUUGUGCUGUUAGCAAACAGUUUAAUAAAUUAUGUCUACUAUAACAGGUAUUUUUUU